ACCAGUAGCAGACACCUCACCUGAUGAGUUUCCUUUUUAUCUUUCAUUCACAAGGAUGAAGACUGUCAACACGGUGUUCGUGGGUCUUACUCUUUUGGUGCUAUCCUCAGGCAUGUUGAUGCAGGCUUCAGCGGAGCUCUGCAGUGACUCGAUAGUUUCGCCAAGUUGUGAUGGCAAUGGCGUCUCAUGUAAGGAGCUAUGCAAAAGGUUCAUUUACAUCGGCAAGGUCACUGCAACAUGCGUUCCCCAGGGGUGUAAGUGCACGGUCUGCAUACCACAUGAUUAAGCACGCGUUCGUUUUCCUGUGGUUAGUGGUGAAAUAAGGUCUUGUUUUAG